GCGGGCGGUGUCGCUCAGCGCCGGCGGGAGAUGUGAAGGGGCCGAGCGGGAAGGCGGCGGCGCUGCUUCUGUCCUUGUGUCCCCGCAGCGCCCGCUCCGCUCCCCCGUCACCGCCCGGCUCUCCCUCAGCGCCCGCUCCGCUCCCCCCUCACCGCCCGGCUCUCCCUCAGCGCCCGCUCCUCUCCCCCCUCACCACCCGGCCCUCCCCGCCGAGGACACCCCUCGCCAUGUCCUUCCGCCAGCGGAGCCCUCACGGCAGCACGAAGAGCAGCCCGCAGCACCCCCCGCGCUGGGCCCAGGCGCGGAAACGCGGCGCCGAUGGGAGGCGGCGGAGGCAGAACGAGCCCGAAUCCUCGGGUUUUGAGGAAAACGAGCCCCGUCCUGCGGAGAGCCGGCAGGACAGUUUUACAACACCAGAAGGCCCUGGACCCCUUUCCCGGUGCUCAGACUGGGGAACUGCAGUGGAAGAAGAGGAAAUGAGGACCAGUGUCAACAAAGAAAUAGCAAGAUACAGAAGAAAACUCCUGAUAAAUGAAUUUUCAAGAGAAAGGAAGUCCUCCUCAGGAAGUUCUGAUUCAAAGGAGUCCACUGCGACAGUAGAACUUGAGACAGACGAAGUGGUUUUAAUGAGAAGGCAGAAACAGAUAAAUUAUGGAAAAAACACAAUUGCAUAUGAUAGAUACGUCAAAGAAGUUCCUAGGUGCCAUCGUGUACCAGGAGUUCAUCCCAGAACUCCCAAUAAAUUCAAGAAGUACAGCCGCAGGUCCUGGGACCAGCAGAUUAAACUGUGGAAAGUUGCACUGCAUUCCUGGGAUCCACCGACUGAAGGAGGAUGUGAUCUGCAAGAAAUCUGUCCUGUCGACCUUGGUGAGAUGGAGACAGAAUCUGUUGGAAGUAAUUCUGAAUCUCAAACAAGCUGUCAAGAUAAUGAUGAUACCUGUUCUGGCACUCCCACAAAAGUCAGACAUGUUGACUAUCAAGCAGAAGGUGAAUUUGACUUGGAAGUGUGUUUGAGUGAACCACUGAAAGAAUUUGAUACUGUGAGUUAAAUAGUCUUAUGUAAACUGUUUUAGAGAAAGUUUCCUUUAAAUUUAAGAGGUUAGCUUGAUUCAUAACCUGUUAACAGUAAGAAAGCUUAAGCAAAGUUGAAGACUCUUUUUAAAGUUGUGGUUGGUCUACAUAUUCUCCAGACCAGACUUAUGUAAAAUUGCGAUUAAGUUGUGUGACUUCUUGUUAACUUUUAAUUUAUGUAUAUCAGAUUUUUUUUAUAAAACUCUUCAGUAGAAAAACUAGCCAAAGGCAGUGCUAUCCUCAAGUAGCUAUGAAUAGUACAGCAAGAUCUCACCAGUUUCCCCACCACCACCUCCCCCACUGUGUCCAUAAUUUCAGUUGCCCACCACCUGCAGAUAAGGAGCGAAGUAGGGGGAUGUUUUUGUAUAUUCCUUUGCUGUUACAUCUUCUACAAAAGUCUGACUUGAAGUAAUGCAUGUGGCAGCUGAACCACGUAGCUGAUUAGUAACUAGUAAACUCAUCUACUGCAGUUACUUUACUGUAAGAUUAACUACCUACCCUAAAAAAAACCCUUUAUUUGCAAAAACAUUUCAGAAACAAUUGGAAAUUAAAUUCUCUCCAGAAAUUGGAGGUCAAUAUGCUAAAGCCUAUGCAAUAAUGGCUUUUUUUUUUUUUUUUUUUAAGCAGUAGCCUGAAUUUGAAAUUUGUAAAUAGUCAUCAGUCAUUUGUUAAUACAGUCUAGGGAAAGUUCUUGGUUCUUCUAAUUUGCUGGUUUUAAAUGUAAAACUGUUGUAAAUGAUAACAACUGUACAGAUUUUCUGCUGAGAGCAGUUAAUGUUUCUAUUGCUUUUGCAUGGGAUGUUGCUGGAAAAUAAAUGGAAUUGCCUUUACUUUUA